AAUCAAAGUUAAUAUCUGUCUGGGAGGACAGCCGCCAUUACGGCACGAACAGAUCAAAUGAUGGACCCCCGUACCAGUGCACAGGACGUGAUGCGAUGCGAUUUGUGUGAGACCGCUCUGGUACAGAUGUACUGUGAUACGUGCUUUGUCAGCCUGUGUAAGGCCUGCGUGGGAGAACACAUGAUAUCAGAUGAAUUGCGAAAACAUGAUAUUAUUACAUUCCAAUUCAGAAAAUCCGCCCCCCUCUACCCUGACUGUGCUUCUCAUGACAAAGAGCGAUGUGAAAUGUACUGUAGUCCAUGUCGUAUUCCAGUUUGCCAUACCUGUCUGGCAUCAAAUCAACAUUUAAGUCAUAAAUUAUUGAAAAUAUUGCAAGUAUUGGAGGAAACGAAAGAAAAGAUCGCCAAAGAGAAAACUGAGUUAAAUGAAACAAUUUCUCCAGCCUACCAGGACAUCGUAUCUGAUGUACAAAACAGAAUGAGGAAAUUGGAAAAGAAAUAUGGAAAUAUCUCAACAGCCAUAACAAAACAUGGAGAGGAAUGGCACAAAGAAAUUGACAAACUCGUCCAGAAAUUGAAAUCUGAAGUGGAGGAGAUGAAAACCACACAGUUGCACACUCUACAGAAACAUCUGGAUGAAGUGAACAAGAAUAUCUCUGACAUCAAUGAUGAAAUCAAUUCAAUUGAUGUUGCUUUGGGCUCAAAUGACAUGUCAAAAGUAUUCAAUCUUAUGCCUAAUGUAGAGGAAUACAAAAAGCUUCCACAGAAAAUUCUGCCUUCUUCACCUAAAUUCACCCCAGGAAAACUUCAAGAAGAACUAUGUCAACUCUUUGGAACUUUAUCACCAAUUUCUGUCCGAUCAGAAGAACAUGGUUACAGUAUAAAGACAACAGAGAAAUCCCAAGAAGCUGCAUCCUCUUCUGUCAUCAAACAACUGCUUGAUGAACCACAGAUUGUCACCACCAUAUAUACUGGUUAUAACCUUCGCAAUGUGGCCUGUCUGAGUGACGAAGAAAUCUGGACACAUGGAAAUAGCAGCACCAUGAAACUCUUCAGCAUCUAUCAGGGAUCGCGACUCAAGUCAAUCGCAACCAAAUCAGGGAACACUCCAGGGGACCUAGUAGUGACAAACAGUGGGGAUCUGGUUUAUACUGAUUACCAUGACAGAACUGUGAACAUUGUGAAGAAUGAACAGAUACAGACUGUGAUCAGACUAAAGAACUGGAAUCCUCGUGGUGUCUGCAGUACCUUCUCUGAUGGCCUCCUAGUUAUAAUGAGCAAGAAAGUACAAACCAAAGUUGUGCAUUACUCUGGGUCCACAGAGACACAAACCAUUCAGUUUGAUGACCAGAGUCGCCCUCUCUAUUCACCUGGUGACAUUAAAUACAUUAAUGAGAACAAGAACCAGGAUAUAUGUGUGGCUGACGGUGGAGCUACAGCAGUAGUGGUGGUCAAUCAGGCCGGGAAACUGAGAUUCAGGUACACUGGACAUACUCCUGCUCCAAAGAACAAACCAUUCAAUCCACGAGGAAUCACCACAGACAGUCAGAGUCACAUCCUUACAGCUGAUUAUUACAAUCACUGCGUCCACAUCAUAGACCAGAAUGGACAAUUCCUCCGUUACAUAUACUGUGGACAGAGUUAUCCCCAGGGACUGUCUAUAGAUACAAACGACAAUCUGUUUGUUGCUCAAUGUAGUAACAAACAAGUGAAGAAAAUCAAAUAUCAGCAGUAAAAUUGAACAUCAAUGGUGGAUUUAGACAACUGUGAAAUUAAAUAUCAGUGAAGGAUUUAGACAGGAGUGAAAUUAAAUAUCAGUGAUGGAUGUAGACAGCAGCAUUCCUCUUUAAGAAGUGAUUAUUUAAAUAUGUACAAAUGUUUCCUUUCAAUGGUUUUUAUUUCUCAACAUAAAACAUAAAAACUUAUAUAAAUUAUAUAUAUUGUAAUAUAUAUA